CAGCUGACAUGACACCUCAACGCAAUGUUUUGAUUUCAGAUUAUUUUAGUGGAAAUUGGACUUUGUUCUUAUAGUUUUUCUUUUAGUUUAUCGUUUGUUUCAAUCAUAAUUUAAUUAUAUUUAACCAAGACAAGUGUUACUUUACAAUAUCUCAAAAUGAUGUCUUCUGUUUUAAAAGCGUUAAGCCAGCAGCCGAGAAGAAUAGCAACAGGUGUUUAUCUCAGAGCUUAUUCUUCUAACACCAAGGUGCCUACAUUUGAAACAUUGGCAGUAUCAGUGCCUAACCCCAAUGUCUUCCAUGUUGAGCUGAACCGGCCAAAGAAAAUGAACUCUUUUAAUUACAAUAUGUGGAUAGAGCUACAGAAAUGUUUUUGUUCGCUAAGCGACAACCCUGAAUGCAGGGUUGUGGUGAUCUCUGGACAGGGGAAACACUUCACUGCUGGGAUCGACCUGCACAGCAUGGUGGAGCUAUCACAGAAAGCGAACGAGUUUGAAGACGUGGCGCGCAAGUCCAACUUUAUGUACAAGAUCAUUGGUUUAUACCAGGAUGGCAUAACCUCACUGGAGCGCUGUGUGAAGCCAGUCCUAGCUGUUUCUCAUAGUGCAUGUGUUGGGGCUGGAGUCGAUUUAUUGACCGCUGCUGACAUUAGAUAUUGCACACAAGACUCGUGGUUCCAAGUGAAGGAGGUGGACAUAGGAUUAGCAGCCGAUGUCGGCACUCUACAGAGACUGCCUAAGGUGAUAGGCAACACGUCGCUAGCCCGAGAGCUCUGCUUCACGGCGCGCAAGUUCGACGCGACAGAGGCUAAGGACAUGGGCUUUGUGAGCCAAGUGCUGGCUGAUAGAGACAGUGCAAUCACGCACGCGCUCUCAGUAGCUGAAGACAUAGCUAAGAAGAGUCCAGUGGCAGUUCAGACUACGAAGAAAUGUCUCGUGUACUCACAGAGCAGGACAAAUGAGGAGGGGUUGGAGCAUAUUCGUCUAAUAAACCAGGUGAUGCUACAGAGCGAGGACCUGAGCAAGGCUGCCAUGGCCCAGGCUAUGAAGAGCGACCCGCCGGAGUUUGAGAACUUAUAAUAACAGAAAUUUAAUGUAAGAAAUAGUAUAAAAAAGGGUGAAAAUUGUGGAGCAAUAUACACUCAGCUGCAUAAGUAGCAUAGAAUAACAAGUACAGUAGUAGUACUGGUACUCGUUAUUCUAUGAUAAAGUAGCUGUACACUUUUGUACCUUGUCAAACUCACAAACUGCCUAUUCAAACAUUGACGGCUUGUUAUGUUGUCAGUUUGACAAGUUACAAAAGUGUAUACUUAUGCAGCUGACCGUACUUCUGCCUAUCACGCAAGGAAUUUGACAAAAGCUACUCCUAAAUUUUUAUUAAAUAUCAUUCUAUGUAGAGUGUCACUGCCAUUUUCAGAAUAGUUUCUAUUCAAAUACACUAACGAGCAAUUAAAAAGGUCUGGUGACC